AUGGGGGAGAAACGGGCGCCCUCCUUCCACAUGACAUGCCACGUGCAGCGCGACUAUGGCAGCAGGAUGGGGAGCUCCUUCAUAAGUUGCAGUCCCAAUGGAUACGCCAGCAACAGCCUCAGCUUCGACCAGGAUAUGGACACUGCCCUCACAGCCAUGACGGGCACUACUGCCGAACGGGCUCCUGAACCUGGCAGAAGCCACUUUUCUCCUGUUUCGCGGGAACUGGACCCCACAUCGGUGAAUAAUGGAGCAGACACAAAGGACCCAGCGUUACAGAUGAUGCUCGGCCUGCCCUCGACCACCUCUGUCCCACCACCUCUCCCUCGUUCGAGUUGGAUGCAUCAUCACCAAAAGAAGUUCCAGAACCCGUACAUCAAUACUAGCAUGCAGGGGGACGUUUACAACUUCCUAGAGAGACCUGCUGGACUGAAAUGCUUCCUCUACCACUUCCUUGUUUUCGUCAUGGUCCUGGUGUGUCUCAUCUUCAGUGUCUUGUCAACUAUAGAGCAAUAUGCAGACUUCGCCACUGGAACCCUCUUCUGGAUGGAGAUUGUGCUGGUGCUGUUCUUUGGCACGGAGUACGUGGUGCGGCUGUGGUCGGCAGGCUGUCGCAACAAAUAUUCGGGCAUCAAAGGACGCCUCCACUUUAUCAGGAAGCCCAUAUCAAUCAUAGAUUUGAUAGUGGUCAUUGCCUCAAUCAUUGUGCUCGGUGUCGGGUCCAAUGGCCAAGUCUUUGCUACGUCUGCCAUCAGGGGCAUCCGGUUCCUCCAAAUCCUGCGCAUGCUGCACGUGGAUCGGCAGGGGGGAACAUGGAGGCUCCUGGGAUCUGUAGUCUUCACUCAUCGACAGGAGCUCAUUACGACUCUGUACAUCGGAUUCCUGGGCCUGAUCUUUUCGUCCUACUUUGUCUACUUGGCGGAGAAGGAUGCUGUGGAUGAGGAUGGCAAGACGGGCUUCUCCAGCUACGCUGAUGCCCUGUGGUGGGGCGUGGUGACUGUCACCACCAUCGGCUAUGGAGACAAAAUUCCUCAAACGUGGAUCGGCAAGGCCAUUGCCUCCUGCUUCAGCGUCUUCGCCAUCUCCUUCUUUGCUCUGCCGGCUGGUAUCUUGGGCUCAGGUUUUGCUCUAAAGGUUCAACAUAAGCAGAGACAGAAGCAUUUCAACAGACAGAUUCCUGCUGCAGCCUGUCUCAUUCAGACGCUGUGGAGGUGUUAUGCAGCAGAGAAACCAAACGGCUGUGCUACUACAUGGAAAAUGUACGUCCUGACACCAGAGCCUGUCACCACAGUGGAAUCUGACAACUCCAGUCCUAAUAUUAGGAAACUGAACCUAUCGAAAAGGGUGAGCAAGAGGAGGCUGAAGUCCUGGGGCAAUGGUUCUAUGCGUGAAGCGUCAGAGAAAGCCAUAUCCAUCCCCCAGAUCACCUACGAUCACAUCGAUGACUCAGAGGAGAAGAAAGACACCACCUUUUUCUUGCAAGAGCAGAGGGGGAGUGCCGAAGGAAUCAACAGGAUGCUCAGACAAACAGGCCCUCCUCAUCAUUCUUGGUCGUCUUUUGCUCUGAGCUGUCCUGGCUCUCCAGUGAGGAGGAAUCACGACAACAACACCUCCAUCGACAUCUCCCGCACCAGCAGCAUAACGGAUGAGCUCGACUACAUGAGUGAGGACGUUCCCCUUCCAGUGGUGACGGACAAAACCCAGUUGUCCCAUGCCCAGAGGUCAGCUGUCAAAGUCCUCCGCAGGAUGCAGUACUUUGUGGCCAGGAGGAAAUUUCAGCAAGCACGGAAACCCUACGAUGUGCGGGACGUGAUGGAGCAGUAUUCCCAGGGUCACCUCAACAUGAUGGUCCGCAUCAAGGAGCUACAGAGAAGACUGGACGGCACUCUGGGAAAACCAGGAAUGUUUCUUCCAGGAAAAGGGGAUGAUAAAGAAUACCCGACCGUUGGAGCACGACUGAUCAGGCUAGAAGAUAAGGUUCAUCAGAUGGACCAGAAAAUGGACUCAGUCCUGCGGAUUCUAACGGAGCAGUUCUCGCCAAAACCGGUGCUGACGUCCAAGCCCUCCAUCCGCAGGGUGACCAUCCAGAAGUGCAUGAGUGCCAGCAUUGAUGACGGGCCGUGA